AUAUCUCAUUGGCUGAAGAGAAUUUUUUUAACGGACUUGGCAACUUGCAUGUGCGGGUUUUGUCCCUCCAUGGACGUUUGAACACCCAGACGUUGAUUGCUUAUGGUUAACUUUAGCCCUUCCAAUUAGUCAUUUUGACGAAGACCAGCCAUUGGCGUGGCCAAGACGAAGUUGACCCUCGGCAAACAGAUUACUCAAGGCGUGUUGGCCGGCUUCUACAUCUCCUUUUCAUUCAUGCUGUGCAUGACGGUCGGAGGCCAGAUCCCCACCAUCCAACACGAGCAUCCCGGCCUCUACAACUUCCUACUGGGGUCUGUGGGCUUCCCGCUGGGACUGACGGUCAUUAUGGUUGUAGGUGCGGACCUGUUCACCAGCAGCUGCAUGUACAUGAUUACCGCCUGGCUGGAGGGACGCGUAGCGACGUACUAUGUCAUCAAGAACUGGGUUGUGGCCUGGUUCUCCAACCUGUGCGGCUGCCUCAUUAUGGCCCAGCUGGUGGUGUGGGCGGGGCUGUUCGCGCCGCCCAAGAACGAAUUCCCCAUCUACCUGGCGCACAAGAAGACGUCAGCAACAUUUGGAGCCACGGUGUGCAAGGGUAUUCUUUGCAACUGGCUGGUGAACCUGGCGGUGUGGAUGGCCAACAGCGCGAGGGAUGUGACUGGCAAGGCGGUGGGCGUGUACCUGCCCGUGUCGGCCUUCGUCACGCUGGGCACGGAGCACGUCGUAGCAAACCAGUUCGAGCUGUCGCUGGCUAAGAUGCUGGGCAGCGGCAUGUCGCUGCGCACCAUCAUCUGCUCCAACUGGAUCCCCGCCUGCAUCGGCAACGUCAUCGGGGGCGCGUUCUUCGUGGGCACUCUGUAUGCGGGCUGCUACGGCACCCUGUACGAGCGCAUCUGGCUGCGCUUCACCCAGAUCUACAUCUUUUGCGUGCCCAAGCGCACCCGCGAGCGCAUCGAUGCCAUGCAGAAGGCGCUGUACGACAAGCUGUUUGGCUGGAUCGACUGGGACGCCAUCACCGCACCUCCCGCCCCCUUGGACCUCACUGCCGCCACCACUGCGGACGGCAAGCCGGCGGGGGCUACUGCUGCGGCGGAGGGGGCUGCUGCUGCUACCGCUGCGGCUCAGCCGGUGUCCCGGCAUGUAUCCAACGCGGGUGGAGUGGCGCGGGCGGUGUCAUCGCUGCUGGCUGAGACACCCAAAAUGGUUGCGGCGGCGUUCCGCAACCCGCCAAUGACUCCCUUUGAGCGCAAGAGGACGAGUGCGGGGCUGGGCUCGGACGUGGUGUGAGGUAAAGCUACUGAGCCGUAUUCCUGACACUGCUGGUGUGAAGCUGUAGCAAUGUAGGGAACGAUGCAAGGAGGGGGGGCUUAUGGGGAGGAAGGGAUAUCCGCUGUGUUUGUGCCCUUUGUGCGCGGAGGGGGUAUGAUCUGGUUGGGUGGUUGCCGACUGGGCCUUUUGCUUUUUACAGUGUGGAUGGGUAGCAUUGGUUGAUGUUGAGGUGUGAGGCAUGGCAAAACAUUCUCUUCUAGCGGCACGCAGUGUGCCGAGGGCGUUGUGUUACCGCGUUUUCGCUAGUGUGUAAUUCUUUUUCUUUUCUUAACGCCGGAGACAUUUUUUUUGUUGAAAAUGAUGUUGUUCCAUGUCAUUUGCCUUAUUGGCGCAUGCUUCCUAUAUAAGGAAGCCGCUGCUGUGGCUGUAGUUGUACCGCAGUCGUCUCGUCACCACCCGACCCGGCGGUAGGCCUGCGCGACCUUGCUGGCUGCCCCUAUUGUUGCGCUUUCCUUGGCAUGAAGUUGGCUUGCAUGGUCUCACCUGUUCUUACCUGUCCCGAUAAGCAAUAAAACCAAAGCAACGGACUGAUACCUUGGUGUUAUUCUUUUCCAGUACUUGCAUGUGUGUACCUUGGCUAAUGUGCCAGACUUGAGCAACGUGCGACUAGGACAGUGUGACGAAGGUCUGAUGCUGGUUCAGUGUAGUGUUUCCGGCCGGCUAUCAGUAUUGCUGGUGGGGAAGCAGGAUUGUGGACAUCCUACCAGCUGGUGCGGUGACUGUGCAUCGGCGACCGUUGGGCCGGGCGUAUUUAGAUGUUAACUAUCUUAGGGCGAAGGAGGGCAGCCACGGUUUCUAUUGCCCUGGCGCUCGGUAUUAUUUACCUAUAAAUAGGUAGGUGUUCCAUGUUUCGCCGCGGCCAGGGCUUGGCAUGGUUUCUGCGGGUAAGCUCACUGUCUUAUGCGUCCUAAAGUUCGUCCUAUGCGUCCUAAAGUUCGUCCUAUGCGUCCUAAAGUCCUAGGCGUCCUAAAGUUCGUCCUAUGCGUCCUAAAGUCCUAGGCGUCCUAAAAUUUGUCUCCUUGUCCAUUCUUUGCGGGUACUAUGCGCGUAAUUGUGUUGUGCCUGUGUAGGAUUUCAGGUGACCUGGGGUCCUGGUAAGUUUCGCCAAUGUGUUGCGAUAUACUUAUAACGCAAUAAUGUGGCUGCUGGGUUAUGCUUGGCAGGUUUAACCUAAGAUGAAAAUGACGGGUUGUUUUCGCUGAAUGCAUGUUGUAUGGGCAAAAAUGAACUAUCUGUAGGUAACAGGGACCACCUGUAGAUAACCAUCCACUUAGGAUGAAGGUUCCACAUUAAGGUUCCACAUUGGGGGAAGUGCCAUGAUACUUGUUUUCUCCUUGCGAAGCACUUUACGAAGCAUGUAAUACGAAGCAUGUA